CACAGAGACAGAGCGCAGUGCAGCUACGUGCAUGGACAGAGCCAGUGAUGGACUUCUCUAAAUGACUUUUAUAGGUGACUUCAUGAUUGGAUUCCUAUCGUCUCGGUCUUUCUUCUAAUUUAACAAGGGCACAUUACAGCGUGACACCUCUGAGCGGAUACAGCCUUUACGCAUCCGAGCCGGGGCAAAAAGGACUCUGGAGUCUGUCAACAGCAGUGAGGAACAGAAAUACAAGAGCCAUAAAAACCAGGAUCUGUCUCUGCCAGCAUGUUUCAGAGAUGCUCAACAAUGCAAUCAAGACCUGAAGCCUGACAACAAGUGUGUGUACCGCUGAACACGCACACAGAAGAGUUGCAGAUACCAGUGUUUUAGCAGUCUGCGUGUGGCUGGCCCUGUGUGUGCACCUGUGUGUGUGUGUGUGUGUGUGUGCGUGCGUGUGUGUGUGUGUGUGUGUGUGUGUGUGGGUGUGCACAUAGACACACUGUGCAGAGUUUAAAGGAGCAGAGGACUUCAGCCCAAGAGUAUGGUCCAACUGUCCACCUCAGUCUGCCUGCUGGGAGGCCUUUUUGGCCUGCUUCUGCUAGUGCCUGUUCUGAUGGCCCUGACGCCAGCCAGCAUGUGCACCCCCUUGAAGACACUCAACGACAGCCUCAGCCACAGGCGACGGUACAUGAAGCACAACUUCCCCAUCAAUUACACCAUCAGAGUUCAUCAAAAGGAAGUCUUUAAACUGUCAAACAUCAACAGAAUGAGGUUACACGUGGAGGGGUUGGACGAGUUGGUUCUCCAAAGGUUGUGGUUCCAGGUUAACCAAGGAGUGUUAAAAAAGAUCAUCCGGGUUAUGCCAGAGAGACAUCCUUCACGACCGUACACUGCUGAGUUGGAAAGGCGCUUCAGGGAUGCAGAGGGAGUCUUUGUACAGUCGCAUCCCGCUGAGGUGUUCCACCGGGAGCUUCCAGAGACUAUCCAGGACAUUUGGGAUCAUUUGACAGAAGAGCCUGACAGAGUGCCAGAGUCCAGCUGGCGAUUUGCUACUCCGAAAUUUCUUCUGGACAACUUCUGCCACACCAUGCACUGCCUCUUCAGUGAGUGCUUUGCCAGCACAAAAGCACAGCAGGACUACUGUGGUGUUUCCCAUUGGAGGAAAGGCAGGAAGAAAGACUUACAGCCUGAAAGCUGAGAAGAAGCCAGCGGGGUGAAGUUGUCCCUGUUGAUACUGAUUAGGGAUUAGUAUCAUUAUCUUCCUUGAGCUACAGGGAGAGGGGUAAAAGGACAAUCCACACUGAAACAAGAGAGUUCAGUCCUGAUUUGUGAACAUCAAUAAGUCUUUUCCCAAAUCUACCAAACAGAGCCAAGAUUGUCUUGAUAUGAUGAAGACACAAACCCUGACACAGCUCUAUCAACAAAAGCAGAAUGAAAUUGUAGGUACAGUAACAAUAUUCAUGGUGAUUUUAUGAGCAUAUGGUGGUUCUGCUAAAAUGAAAUACAGCUCAUUGGCAAAAGUUCCUCAGAUUUUUCAAUUAUCUGUCAGUUGAGAAGCCUUAAGUAUUUGUCUCUCGACAGCAUCUCAGCUUGAUGCUUUGAUACUCGGGUAUCUAGUUUUGGAAGAGAUUUGUUCAUGUUCACAUAUACCGGCUAAAUUGAUGUAUGAUCAAUAUAUUGGAUAAAUUCUUUUCUAAGGUGGAUUCUUUAAAAAGGAGGGUGCAGCACAAGCUGCUUAUUCCUCUUCAGCAAAGGGUUAACUUCACCUGGAGUGAUUUGGAGUGUUGCUUUGCCAAAUCUCUGCCCAAAAAGCCUGUGUUGUGCUCCCGUGGACCUGUGUAGUUCACCUCAGAGACCAACAAGAAGAAUGUAGUAAGAGAGACUACAAAUUGGAUUUUUAUGAAGCGACGCCUGCAAGCUAGUUCAGUCAGCCUAAUUUGAGCUGCUGCUCCACUCACAUGCCAUACUCCCCUCACUGUAACAUAUAUCCAAGCACCCUUAUAAUCAUGGCGGCAUACUUAAGUCGUCAGUGCUCUGCUCACACUUUGCUGCAUACCAGCUGCCACACCGCUCACAUGCUUGCUUGCUGCCAUUGCUGCUGCUGCUGUUCAUAUAGCAUUUCAAAAGCCACACCUCCAUCCCAGCAUCUGCCUGGAGGCUCUGAGUCUAUCUUCUUCUAAGGGGGAAGUUAGCAGCGUCUUCACUCCCUGCUGUGGGAGAUCAGUGUUUCCUUAUGGGGAGUGAGGGGUCAGAGCCUAGACGCCAAAGACUAAUGCUGUACAUACUCUACAUUUGAAUAACAAUCUACUCCAUGUGAGUUGGCUGACUGAAAUUAUAUUGAGAAACUUCAGUAUCCAGCUGUCUUUGUACCAUAGCCAGACUUCUCUUCUAUGAACGCCUCUUUCAAACAUCAAUGAGCUAGAGCAAGAGCAAUGUAUAUGAACUGAACUUCAAACCUAAAGGCAAACUAAUAACUGCUGUUUUUUCUUCCCUCUUCAGUUGUUGACUAUGCAUGUCUCACCUACAGCCUACAUUUAAAGUGUUGUUUUAUAAGUGUGCUGUAGAACCAAACUGCAUAUUCAAAAGCUGUCAAAACAAGUUUGUUCCAUGUAUUUCUUUCUAUGUGUUUAUCAUGCACAAAGAGUGAGAGUUGAACCCAGACAAGCAGUGAUAUACAAUCAUCUCCCUCCAUCCAAGCUAUGCAAUUUUAUAUUUGUGUUGAUCUGUUAUGGUUUUUUUUGUUUUUUUCGCCUGGCAACUAUUGAAUAUUUGUGCAAAGCUAACUGGCUGAAUGGGUGACAUUACAAGUAUGAAGUAACAUCACAGUCAGAAUUUGUUAACGUUACAAUCAGACGCCAAAUCUAGAUACAUUUCCAAAUGUAUUCGUCUUGAAUAGAUAAAUAAUCUGUGACAAUGCUGUGAUGUUUGGCCAGUGGAAAAACAUUUUGCUGGAAAUGUGCGAGAUGAUAAGUUAUAUUUCAUCAGCUAGAAAUCUCAGCAUCAAAAGCUGCAAAGAUGAAAUCUGAACCUGCAUGAAAUGAAUGUUUAAAUACCAUGGAAAACAUUACAACUACACUGAAUGGUUAUUAUAAAUAUUCAAAUCUUUUGCACUUUCAAAUUCUUGUUUUACUCUGACAAAUUCUGACUAGGAUUUUACCUCAAAGCAAAUCAGUAUUUCCUGUCAUUUUUUGUGUGUGAGAUAGCUCCUCAGGUUGUAUCAGCUUUACUAACUUGUUUUUUUCUUGUGCAGUUCAACUCAAGGUUAUCUUGUUGCUGUUAGAUGAGAUGUAUUCAGCUGUCAAUUUUUGAGGGAUUAAGGCUAACUGCUAGAUCUCAUACUGUACUGAGAUGAUACUUCAGUUAAAUACGCACGGGGAGGUUUGGAGCCUCUUCACAUACACAAUGCAAAUAAUGCAAAGAUUAAAUCUGUGAAAACUGAAACUGAAAAAUGAA